UCGCUACUUGUAAACUAAUCAUUGUUAAUAUUGGAAUAUACUUGUGAUCAAUUAACUAAAUAAAGCUCAAAAUGUUACGAUUUAUUGUAUUGUCAACUCUUAUUGCUCUUUCUUAUGGAUUAGCAGUUUCAUUCAACGAAGUUAAAGAAUCGUUUGAACAAUUUAAGGGUGAUUAUGGUGUUGUCUAUGGCGAUGCUAAAGAAGAAGCUCAGCGAUUAAAGAUCUUCGCUAAAAAUUUCGCUAAAAUAAAGGCUCACAAUGUUCGUGCUGUUAAUGGUCAACACUCAUAUCGACUUGGAGUAAACAAAUUUGCCGAUUUGACUCACGAUGAAUUUGUCGCUAAACAUUUGGGUUUGAAGGGUGUUGGUCCCGUUUAUGCACCAAGUGUCCAUGAAAAGGUACCCAAAAAUAAGCUUCCCGCCUCCGUUGACUGGAGGGACAAGGGAGCCGUUACUGGAGUUAAAGACCAAGGUGAUUGUGGGUCUUCUUGGGCGUUUUCAACUGUCGCAGCUAUCGAAGGUGCUAAUUUCCUUAAGAAUGGUAAACUUGUUUCCCUCAGUGAACAAAAUCUUAUUGACUGUGAUACAAAUAUCGACGAAGGCUGUGUUGGAGGUUACAUGCCCAACGCUUAUGAAUAUGUCAUCUCAAAUCACGGUAUCGAUACUGAGGCCGCUUAUCCAUAUGUCGGUUAUGGUUUAAGAUGCCGUUUUAGUGCUAAAAAAGUUGGUGCCACCAUCUCAUCUUAUGCCAAUGUUACAAGCGGAGAUGAAGACGCUCUUCUAAGUGCAGUCGCUCAACAACCUGUUUCCGUUUCAAUUGAUGCCACUCCACUCUUACAAUAUUCCUCUGGAAUUAUUGAUUCUGAUACUGAAUGUGGAUCUACAUAUGAUAUGCUUAAUUAUGGCGUUACUGUUGUAGGUUAUGGUACCGAAGGCUCUAAAGACUAUUGGAUUAUCAAACAUUCAUGGGGCAAAAGCUUCGGUGAAAAAGGUUAUUUCCGACUUCAACGAGGUUCCAAUCUCUGUGGUAUUGCGACCGCUGCUUCUUAUCCCAUCGUCUAAAUCCCAGUCCAUUAUUUGAUUAUCGUUUGUAUCAAUCAAAUUAUCCACAAUAAAGUAUUAAUAUCAUAGUA